AUGACCAGUUAUGAAAUACACCCAACGGAACCCACGUUUUCGCGCAAUACGGCAGCUGGAUUCUCUAGCCUCGCUUCCAUCUUCCGCCGACUUGCUAUGCAGGGUAGACGACUAGAAGAAGGGCUGGACAAGCCGGCAAUCUCUGAUGUGGCUGUUCGUUUCUUGUCAGAGGACUCGGCCGAUAGUAGUUGGCGACUAGCGGCUGGCGGCGAUAUUCAAGGACGAAUGCGCGCCAUUGCCACACUCUAG